UUUCUGCUCGUUGCUCGUUUGGGCAGUUUGGGCGGUUUGUGUGGCGAGGAAGUCGAGGACAGAGCAGAGAGAGAGAAAGAGAGAGGAAGAGGGAGAGAGGGAGGUAGUGUGAGCGAGUAUGGCGUGUGCAGGGGAAGAUGGAGACCGGCCUAGGAUUGGAGGCUUUGUCCGGCCAAGCUCGUCGUACUGGGAGCCGACAGAGGAGCGGGAGGCCUUGGCAGGACGACUGGUGGCCGAGCUGGAGUCUGCCGGAUACGAUGUGGACGAAGUGACGGCGUGGAGGUUCCUCAUUGCGCGAGAGUGGAAUUAUGAAAAGGGCAAGCAGCUGCUGAUUGAUGACAUUCAUUGGCGCGAGGAGCAUCCAGAGCUGGUGGAUGUGGAUGAUGAUGAGAUUGUAGAGGAGCUGGAGAGCAACAAGGCCUUUCUUCAUGGAUUUGAUAGCCUGGGCAGGCCGAUCAUGGUGUUUAUUCUGCGGAGGCACGACAAGAACACCCGCGAUCUGGACCACUCGACAAAGUAUGUGAUGCGGCAGAUUGCGCGCGGCAUUCGGACGGCCGAGCAACACGGCCAGUUGCAGUUCUCGGUCGUCCUUGAUCGCUACGACACCGGCCGGGCCAACUCGGACACCACCAUGGUCCGCAGCCUGAUGGCCAUUCUCUCGGAUCACUACCCGGAGCGGCUCGGCACCGCAUACGUGCUGUAUCCAAACUGGCUCUUCUCCAUUGCCUACCGUAUCGCCAAGGCCUUUUUGCCUAAGCGGACCAUGGACAAAGUCCUGCUCUUCUCGGGCGACACGAUGUUUGACGAGUUACACCAGUACAUUGCACCGGAUCAGCUGCAGCCGGCGUACGGCGGCACGUCGAGCUACGAGUACACGUUUGCCAAUGAGGCAGCCGAAGACGCUGUCCGCUUUGGCUCGGCUUCGGGAGCCGCUGGCGAGAGCGCGGCCUACCUUGCCGACUACGGCUGGUCGGACACCGCCUCGGCCGUCUUUUACACCGCCACCGAGGCGUCGUGCGACUCGAUCCCGAGUGACUUUGACGACGAGCUCGAGCUCAACGCCGGGCCCAACGGGCGGUCUGCAGGCGCAAGCCCGGAAGUUGCCGCCCGGGUGGCCGAGCUCGAGGCCGAGGCCGCGGCCUAUGAGUCCAAGCUCGACGUCGUCACCGCCCGCAUCAAGCGCCUCGACGCCCGCAUCCGCAACACCCAGGCGACGCUGGCCCAGGCUCCGGCCAAGAAAUCGUGCUGCGCCAUCCAGUAAAGCUAGACCAGCGAUCGGA